AUGUUUGUCUUUCCAAACUGUUCUUCAAUAGUUCUGCUUGAAUACAAGCAUCUAGCAGAAGAUCUGCAUAACCAUACUGAUGUGGGGCUUGGUCCCACAGUUCUAACUCACCUGUACAAGAACCUUCACAUCACUUAUGCUAUUGCUGCUAGAGACUUAGAGCUCUCUUUUGGCAAUGAGGAGGAUGAUUACGAGACUCUGGCCGAAUCAACUGUUGGGGCAACUCCUUCUUUGAGAGUUCUCCCCCUCCUCCUACCAAGGCAAAAAGGCUCAAAAAGAGGGCUGUUAGUGAGUCUGAAGAGACAGAAGAGGCUGCAGCUAUUCCCACAGCAACCACAAAGACUGAUGAAGAGCUGCGAUAGGGUUGUGGAGACAGAGAAAGAGGUUUCCAAGGAGGACUUAGAAAGAACCAAAGAUGUAGAAGAGGAGAAGAUCCCUGCUGAAAUGAUAGCAGAAAAGGCAGAACACUUUGUUGCUGCUCCAGAACCUGAGGUAGUUUCUAUUCUCUCUCAACUUUGUCUGGUCUCUUCAAUUUUGUCUAUCUUUGCCUUUCUAAACGAUGUUCCUGCCUUUCUAGGUGGAGGAGGACAGAACUACUGGGCUUUAGCUGUGAUUCCUAUUCAUUCUGUUCCAGGCUCGUCCACCACAGCCUCCAUUGCUGAUUCAGAAUUGGCAGAGUUUGAAGCUAUGGAUUUAGAGGCUCAACCGGACAAACUUGAGAAACUUGGAUCCACACCCAGCAAGGCUAAGUCCAAAGCAGUCGAUGAGCCUAGAUUGGCAAGAGAUGUGCUCAACCUCUACAAUCGUCAUGAAGAUCUCAAUCCCUCUCUCAAUGCCUCCAAGUUCUGCAAAGCUACUCAUGAAGUCAACCUGGUCGAUUAUCAGAAACAAAAGGCAGAACUAGACAUGCUGGUUACAGACUAUAAGGAGACCAAGUCUGCUGAUGAUAAUUUGGAGAAACAGAUUGAAGAACUCCAGAAACAGUUGGUUGGAUUAAGGGAGAGACAGAACAGACUUGGGGCUGGAUUGGGAACCAAGACUAAGACCGCUUUCCUCGUGCAGAACAUGUUUUCAACCUCAAGGCUGCCUUGGAAAUUGCAGAGGCUUCUACUCACCAAGGAGUGCUCCUCCAGAAAGAAAUUUCUACCAAAAAGACUGGAUUGCAGGAGACUCUUAGGAAGUUAG